ACCCAUCACUAGUGACAAUUAUGAAUCACUUAAUAUGAUAAGGAGAUUCUGCAGGUCAUUAAUCAAUGUAUAAAACUAAAAUAAAAUGUAUUUUUUGUGACACAGGAUACAAACAUGGAAGCAAGAUGUAUAAUUAGAAUUAUUUAUAAUAAAUAUGAAUAAAUCAUUGCCAUUUCUUUAACCAUAAAGAAAAACUAAAUCCUCCAGGACAAUGUUACAUCCAUCUAACAGAGCCUCCACAUGUUCUCACUGUAAUUUCCCCCUCAUGAGUGAAUUUAUGCUGCACUAAUUUGAAUGUUCGGGGGAAAAUCAAAUUCAUUUCACUCGCAGUACUCAAGCUGACUUACCUUUGUUUGAAUGACGACUUGUACACGCUGACUCCACAGACAAGGUAGGAAAUAUGUCAGGCUAUGUCAAUAGCGGUUGGUCUUCAGGGUUUCUACUCCACGGCCGUAUUUCAUACUGGUCCACAUUUUCUGCAAUUACUGCCGCUUCACCUCUGGACGCAAUUGGUCUCUAUAUAGUUGAUUGUCUUUCUUGUAUUCGUCGUUCCAACACAGUGUGUUUGUUUUGAUUGUGGACCCGGAAAAUGGCGCCGCGCUCCCACAAUGCAUUGCGGCAUCAACUCUAAAGGCCUAUAGUUCCAAGAAGAUGGAGAAAAUGCCAGGUCAGCUGAGGAGAUAUAUGGUCUCCUCAGCUGAACUGGAAAAAAUGUUCAUGCAUUUGUGUCAUCGCGUUUAGAUUAUUGUAAUGCCCUGUUUACCAGCUUGGACAAAUCAUCUCUCUCGCCUCCAAGCCAUACAAAAUGCACCGGCAAGGCUACUAACAUGUUCUAGCAAUCAGAGAUGUUUUUUCAUUCAUAUAGCACUAUUGUAAUCAUACUGACCACUAUAAACUUCAAGCACUUUAUCUACCUCUAAUUCAUAGUAUAUUUAAAAUCACAAGUUAACCCAAUAGGCAUGGCUUUGCAUAGUGAAAAGAAGCCAAAGCAUCUGGAGCUAACCCAGUUUUCAUCAUGACCUUACAGGAGGAAUAUCCAGUCAGAGGAAAGAUCUUGCUCUCGUCCAGUGACCUCCAGCUGGUGCUACAAGUGGAACAUAAUCAGAUCAUUGCUUUUACCAUGGCCAUGUAAGAAAACAUCCAGAUUCCUGGGUUGCACUCCGCACAUGCUCAGGAUUCAGAGGGCUGAUAUCACUGAAUUCUAGUGACACCUACUACCUGGAGCCAAUCAGCAGUGUAGAUCCAGUCUACCACUCACUGUUGAGUACCAUGAAGCUGCCAAUUAAGGGUGGAAGCUGCUACCACACGCAUCACACCACACAGCCCAACCUUAUCUCUAAUCUGCUCUCAUCAUUUCAUUCAAGGGUUAAAAGGAAUACCUUGGGUACGACUAAGUACAUCGAACUGUACAUUGUGGCGGAUAAUACAUUGUUUCAACGGCAGAAUCAAGAUUAUGAAAAGACUAAGCGGAGGAUAAUGGAAAUUGCUAAUUAUGUGGAUAAGUUCUACAGGGCUCUGAACAUCCGUGUGCCUCUCAUUGGUCUGGAGGUUUGGACUGAAAGAGAUCAGUGCAUCAUCACCGAGGAGCCAAAUGCAACCCUUUGGUCCUUCCUCCAAUGGAGACAGAAACUAAAAUCACGCAAGAAGCAUGACAAUGCCCAGUUGCUUACGGGUGUGACAUUCAAGGGGACAACUAUCGGCAUGGCACCACUGGAGGGGAUGUGCAGCCUGGAAAACUCUGGAGGCAUCAAUGUGGACCACUCAGAGCUGUCCAUUGGUGCUGCAGCCACCAUGGCCCACGAGAUUGGCCACAACUUUGGGAUGAGCCAUGACCAUGACAGCUGCUGUGUGGAGGCCACUGCCGAUCAAGGAGGCUGUGUGAUGGCCGCUGCCACCGGGCACCCAUUCCCUCGAGUCUUCAGUUACUGCAGCAAACGCGAUUUGGACCGCUAUUUCCAGAAGGGAGGGGGCAUGUGCUUAUAUAACAUUCCCAACAUGAACAAUCUGGUGGGGGGCAAGAAGUGUGGCAACGGCUUUGUGGAGGACGGAGAAGAGUGUGAUUGUGGAGAACCAGAUGAAUGUGAAAACGACUGCUGCAAUCCCAAUAACUGUACCUUGAAGGAGGCGGUCCAGUGUGCCCAUGGAAUGUGCUGCGAGGGGUGCAAAUUGAAGCAGGCGGGUACCAUGUGCCGGCGCCCAGCAGGAGCAUGUGACCUUCCAGAAUACUGCACUGGGGCUUCUCCUUACUGCCCUGCCAACGUUUACCUGCUGGAUGGCUCCUCUUGUCAAUACGGAAUGGCCUACUGCUACAAUGGCAUGUGCCUCACCCAUGAACAGCAGUGCUUGCAGCUCUGGGGCUACGCGAUGCCAAGUGUGGGAAGAUUCAGUGCCACAGUGCUGCCACAAAGCCAAAAGGCACCAAUGCUGUGUCAAUUGACACUACCAUCAAGACUGGAGGAACAGAGGUGAAAUGUCGUGGCACAUACGUCUACAGCACCCAGGAUGGCCAGGGUGACCUGCCUGACCCGGGUCUUGUCAUGACCGGCACCAAGUGCGGAGAGGGCAAGGUGUGCAGAGACCGCAGAUGCCAAAAUGCCUCUUUUACUGAGUUAGAGACUUGCCUUGCACGCUGUCACAACAAUGGGGUGUGUAACAGCAAUGGGAACUGCCACUGUAAUCAAGGCUGGGCACCACCCUUCUGUGAGAAGCCAGGACUUGGUGGCAGUGUGGACAGUGGGCCGGUUCAGUAUGGCAGUCAGGUGGGGCUGGUGGCUGGACUGUUGUUUGCCUUCUUGGUGGUUUUACCUGCAGUGCUGCUGGUCUUCUACUGCCACAGGAUCAAGACUUCUUAUUACCAUACGUGGCUUUCCCAAAGAAAAAAGAACACAUGCAAGAAGAUGGAGGGAUCAGCAGAUAAGCGAAAGAAUGGCCAUCUUAAUCCUGCCUUUCACCUGAAAGUUGUAGGACCAAUCAACACAGUUAAUGGCCACAAGGGGGUGAGUGAUAUGUGUGUUUCUAGUGUGUUACAAAAUAAAGCAAAAGAAAGGGAAGGAGGAAGUGGGAGUAGGGUGAUGACUGUUUUUCUGUGAAUGAAUAACUGAGUGUCCAUGAGGUUAACCUUCAUAUUGAAUUAAAUAUUCAGUUUGUCAAAUUAUUGUUUAAGCAUCCUAUGUCUUAAUAUCAGCCUAAAGUUAACAUUUUAAUAUCUGACUUAUAAGAUACAAAAUGCACACAUGUACUGCACACAUAACAAAUUGGUAUCUCAGAGUUUUUACCCCUCAGCCAUAAAUGGCCGAUGGGGUUUUGGCAUCACCCUGUCAGGUUGGUGGAUGAACACCCAAGUUUGUGAAUGUGGUAACUUGAGAAUGAGGUGGUAUAAGAGUUUCAAAUAGGAAAGUGGAGAAGGAGACUCCCUUACUGAUACAGAGUGAGUAGAAGAUUGAUGAUGAAAGCUUCCACUGCAUGGAUUUCAUUUUGUUAUGUUUUAUGUUGCUUUUAUCUGGCUUUAAUUUCUCUUAAGAAAUACUAACACAAAAAUGUAUACAAAAAAUACUUUAAAAUGGUGAAAUGGUAAAAUUACAUGAGAGAUGUGAAGAAGAACGUCAAAGGUGAGUAGAUAAAGAGGACAGUGGCAUUAUUCAUCACCGAAAGAGAUGGAGCUACAAAGAACAUUUCAAAAAGGACUGCUUUAAUGAAAAAGAAGCAAGAAAAUAAAAAUGAAAUAAUUUUUUUUCAAACGU